UCAAAACCAAUGUGUCUUUUGGUGCUGCGCUGACUGUACGAAGGCUUACGGCAGUUUCCCUCACACAAAAAAAUAUUUUAAAAUAUUUUCUUUGUCUUAAGUUUAAUGAAACGUUUGCCUGCUAAAUCAAUUUAGAAUAAGAGUGAAUUUACAGUCAUGGUUUAUUGGAUUGUUGCGACGUUGGCCCUUUAUGCUCUCCAAACUUCAGCAUAUGUGCCACACAAUGCUCCUGUUGUCUGUCUCUCUCAGACUCCAGACUCAACCUGAGGACGUUUGCAGGGAUCUUCCUGUCGGUGACUGAUGAGCCCAUCGACUACAUAGGGCUGGAUGUACAGGAGGGCAGUGGCUCAGGGAUGGGCCAGGAGCCAGUGAAGAAGCAGGAGCAUGGCCAUCACGGCCCUCYUCGCUCCACCAAGAUCGUCAUCUCUGAGGAGGCCCGCAGCUUCCUCCAGGGUCGCCUAGCAACGGCCUUCGUCCCCACAGUCUACACCCUGGUCCUCAUUAUCAGCGUCCCCCUCAACCUGAUUGCCGUGGUGAUGUUUGUGCGUCGUAUCCGUCCGAGGAAGCCGGCAGUGAUCUACAUGCUGAACCUGGCCAGUGCCGACCUCCUCUUCGCCCUGCUGCUCCCCUUCAGGAUCUCAUACCAUUUCCACGGCAACAACUGGGUUUAUGGUCCCUUCAUGUGUCGCCUGGUGACAGCAGCCUUCUACUGCAACAUGUAUUGCUCUGUCCUGCUCAUGAUGUGCAUCAGCAUCGACCGCUUCCUGGCGGUGGUCUACCCCAUGGACUCCCUGACGUGGCGUAGUCCACAGACAGCCGCCYUGGUCUGUGGCGCCAUGUGGCUGUUGGCCUUGGGAGGAGUGACCCCCCUCCUUCUCUCCAGACAGACCAUCCACCUCCCGGAUGUGGGCAUCACCACCUGCCACGACGUGCAGGAUGUAGACAAGCUCCGUGCUUACUACCUCUACUUCUUCCCCAUUUACUCCUCCAUCUUCUUCUUCAUCCCUCUGGUGUUCACUGCUGUGUGCUACGUCCGUAUUGUGCAGGCCCUGGCCGCGGCCAACGUGGAGAACCGCUCCAGGAAGUCUCGUGCGGUGGUGAUGGCGGUGACAGUGCUGGUGGUGUUUGUGGCCUGCUUCACCCCCACCAACGUCAUCCUCCUGGUGCACUACCUCAAGCUGGCCCACGGACGCAGCGACAGCUCCUACCAGGCCUACCUGCUCUCCAUGUGUGUGGGCAGCAUUAGUUGCUGCCUGGACCCCCUCAUCUACUACUUUGGUUCGUCCCAGUGCCAGAGACAGGUGGCAGCUCUGCUGGGCUGCAGACAGGCUGGGCCAGGAGCAGAGCUAAGCUCUCAGACAGGCAGUACCAGGACCAGCAGGCUGGAGAGCAUUCAGAGCACCGUGGGCAGUCAUUACAGGAAGCUCAUGGCCUGACGCCUUGGGACUGCGAAUUCGAACAGACUCUAGGGCUGCAUCUCGAUAGUCUAGAGCAGGGUUUCUUAAACUAUGUGUCGUAACCCAAAGUGGGCCCUGGGCAUGUGAGAGGUAGGUCGCUAGUUAUGAUCUGCAUCUAUAAUCACUCGGGCUGUCAAACUAAAACAUUUCAUCGAGUUCAUCGCAGAAUUUGGUGUGAUUAAUUGCGAUAAAUCGCAAAUUCUGAAUMAUCUAAAAUUGAGCUGUAAUUUACCAUUGCUUCUAAUACAAAAACCAUUACAAGAAUAUUGACAACGUGAUUUUGUCCAAAGUAACGGUAAGCAAAAUCCAUUAAAUUGAUAAAGCACA